ACGUCAUGUGACAUCUAAUAAGAAUAAGCAAAGCUGAGUAAAAAAUUUCAUUUUAGUGAUCUGGUGUUUUAUUUUUUUUGCUCCAUCUUUUUCCCAAAAAAUUAGCAAAUAUUUUUUGAUUUUCCUUUGUUUAAUAAUUAAAAAAUCAAAGCAAAAUGGUUGAUGCCUAUGUACCACCUCUUAUUAUUACCUGCAUCUGGGCAUUUAUUGGUAUUAUUUGUCCCUUCUUUGCCAGAGGCCCCAACAAAGGAAUCACCCAAUGUUGUUUGAUGUUGACAGCAGCUACCUGUUGGCUUUUCUGGCUUUGUUGUUACAUGACCCAAAUGAACCCCUUGAUUGGUCCUAAACUAUCAAUGAACGAAAUCAUGAUCAUUGGUCGUGAAUGGGGCAAUGAAAUCAAAGAUACAAUCGACAUCACAUACUACUAAAUCUUUACUUUGGAUGUUCAUUUGUAUAAGGGACCAAGUGUACACCCAUCAUAAAUCAUACUUUCUAAAGUUUCUUAAAUAUUUCUCCAUUAAUGCUGUAUUAUUCCCUGUAUUCCGUUUUAUUUGUUAUUGUUUUUAAAAUUCCAUCAUGUGCCUUAAGUUUGUAACUAAAAAGUGACCUUGAACAUCAAAAGCACAAAUCUAUUUGUAGUAAUAAUAGUGUUGUUUUUGCUAAUAAAUUUAAAUAUUUUAUGUAAAUUAUUGUUAAACAAAUGAGAAAAUAAACACAAAUUUUAUGUGUUCACAAA